AAUGGCAAUAUUCUGGGUCAAGUUCAAGUUUAAUAAUUAGGGCAAAAUGAGAGGGAUGUGAGAUUCCAGUCUUUUUUUUUACAGAAAAUUGGGGCUAUGAAAAAAGACGAAAAUAAUAUGCUCGAAGACUCAGUAAAACCUCGAACGACGAUAGUCCCCCGUAUUAUUUUUGGUCCCCGAUCAUCUACAAAACCACUGACUGCACCAGCUGGCACACCUACAUAACGAUACACACAAUGUCAAGUUCAAGUCUAUUUACAUAUGCUUUAUAAGGGGGAAAAUAUUCAAAUAAUAUAUUAACUCUGACAAGAUUCGUGAUACCCUGUCUAUAACCCCAAAAUGAAUUAAUAAACAUGGAGUCUGGAUCUGCUGAUGAGGAUGCAGAGAGUCUGUUCCAAAAUCUCAAACUGAAAAGAAAGCGUUUGAAUCAUUUAAUGACUAAUGAUAGAUAUUUCAAAUCGGACACUGGUUCAACAACGGAUGGUUCAGAUAGUGGAUACAUUAGUAGUGAAUGUUUAAGUUUAGAUAUUAAGAAGAUUAAAGACAGACAAAAUAUCUUCAAGCCUCCACUCAACACUGCGGCUAGACCUUUAAGACCAAAUAGUACCAGCUGCCAUGUCAGGGGCAGUAUUUCAUCUGUCUCAUUAGACCAAAAAGAUUCUCAUGCUUCAAUUUGUGUCAAAUCCCCAAAAGGAGACAAGUCAUUUUCACAAGAAGACCUGUCAAAAUUGUGCACUUUGCCAUCAUCUCAGUAUGUUUCUGUACCUGGAUUGUUCAUUGUUCCUGGGCAUAAAAAUAUAUUAGGUCAUCCAUUGACACCUUGUCCAGUAACUCUAGCUCAGGAAGGUGAUGGCAAUACACAGCAGCCUGAAGUACAUCUUCUAUCAGCCCUUCCUAAAGGAUAUGUCUUAGCCAUGGUGCCAGAAAGUAAGAGUUUGGAUCUAGUUAGUCAGGGUUGUAGACCUGUUGUGAGCAAUAUGUCCAAAAGCUUACUGGCUAAAAAGCUGAACCAGAAACAACAAAAUAGCCCAGAUCUGACAUGUAAUAAGGAAAAGAAACAAGAUUAUUCUUUUAUUCAUCAUUAUAUUAACAAUGAAUUUGAAUAUAGUGGUGUAUUAAAGGAGAAUGAAACAGAUUCCUCAAAUACAACGACAGAUAACACAGACUCUGAUACCUCAGACCAACUACUUUGUGCUAUCUGUAAUGACAAGGCUUCUGGGAUUCAUUAUGGCAUGGUUACAUGUGAAGGAUGUAAAGGAUUUUUUAAGAGAACUGUACAAGGAAGGAGAAUCUAUAAAUGUUCAGGAAAAGAAGACUGUGCCAUGAAUAGACUGCUUAGGAAUCGAUGUCAAUAUUGUAGAUUUAAAAAGUGUCUGAAAGUUGGAAUGGUCUUAUCAGCUGUUAGAGAAGAUAGAAUGCCUGGAGGAAGAAACUCAGGGGCUGUCUACAACUUAUACAAGGUUAAAUACAAGAAGUACAAGAAAAAACAAGAUGUGAUGUCUUUAUACAAAGAAGAAGUUGGAAAAGUUAAAUUAAUUGAAGAUCAGGGACCAAAAAUGUUGGGAAAUAAUGAUGAAUCAAGUGUUUUACAUCAUGGUGACAGGAAGGACAUAUCAUUUGAGAAAAAACAAGACAUAAGAAGUGAAUAUGGAAACGAAUGGUCAAGGAAACAACAACAUUUGACUGCCUCAAAAAAUAAAUACAUAUGCAAAAUACUCAAUUCUCCACAUGAGUUGUCAACUAACACAGGUAGUCAACAAAAUCAGUUGCGAAUCCUUGAAAACAUGGUUCAGUGUAUUCCACAAGAUGAGAAAGCUUAUGACUCAAAGUCUUCUUAUGGCCAUGCAAAACAAGAUUAUAACAGUUCAAUUAGUUCUGAUAGUUCUUCUUUUACUUCGUUCACUCCAGGAAUGUUUGGUUUAAAUAAAAACUUAACAUAUCCUCCCGGAGCCACUCCAAUCACAAGACAUCAGGAAAAUGCCGUUAAGAAGGACUCAAGUGUGUACUAUGAUCACAGCACUUUUCACAGCACUAAAAGUGCUAAAUAUUUAUGUGUUGACCAGGGUGAAGAUAGCUCAAGUUUAAAGUCCCCCGUGACUGACCAUGAUUUAUCAUUUGAAGACUUUAACAGACCUCACAAUAUUUCAAAACCUUCUUUUCCCUUAUGCAGAGAAGAGGGUGAAGGAUACAUACAUGAUGAAAUUAUUUUUAAACAACCACCACCUAGAACACACCAAAUCAGAACCAGUAAAAACAAUGAUAGUACCGAUUUACAUCAGUAUGGUCAAUCAAGAAGUUCAUGGGAAAAUGCCAAUUUCCCACUUUCCGAAGACCAUCUUAACAUGUUCAAUAGAGGAAAAUCUUCUAAGCACCAUCACCAUAUCUCCCAACAUGCAGGACGGUCUUCCAAACAUCAUCGUAAAAUGGGCCUUGAUUUAACCAAAAUUCCAGGAAAUAGGGAUAUAGCAUAUGAUCCUACCAGUCUUUGGGUGAACACCAACAAAACAUAUUCCCAAUCUGAUGUAGAUUUAACAGACUAUGAUUCCGAUAAAAAGUGUAGUUCCUAUAGAAAGCAUAAUGUUGAAUGUAGAGUAGCAACCAAAAAGACAUCAACUGUUACAAAAGACAAGUCUGAAAAGAGUCAUUGUCAGUAUGGUGCUGACGAAAAGAAAGAUUCUGAGUGUAGUUCCCUCUUGGGAAUAGAUUUAUCUAGUCAUUUGAACUCAGACUCAAGUUUAUUACAAAAAGAAGGAAGUUCUGAUUGUACUGGCAAAAUAAGUGCCCAGAAUAGCUUAGAUUUUGAUACAACUAAUAACUUUAGUGUCUUGCCUCAGUAUGACAGUCAUAUCAAAGUUUCAGAGAGCCAUACUGCCACAGAUGAGGAUGAAGAGAGUGAAAUCAUUAAAGACAGCCACGAAAAUAACAAACCAAAUUCAAACAUUCAAAAGCUAUCGCCCUGGUUCCAAAGUACAGGACACAUACAAAGUUUCAUAGGACAGAACGAUAACAAAUUAUCUGAAAUUCUCAGUUGCCUAAAACACUUAAAGGUUGAGUUUGAUAUCAGCAUGAUUAACGACUCAGCUGAUAAAGUCAUGAAAAACAUGUGUGAUGUUGGGGACAAUUUUGUAACCAAUUUAGUCACGUGGACAAAACAUCUUCCCUUUUACAGUGAAGUUCCUACCGAAGUAUAUUCUCAGCUUCUAACAGAAAAAUGGCACAAGUUAAUUAUCUUAUUAACAUCAGCUCAACCAAUUCUAAGAAAAGUUGAGAUGUCGGCUACCUUUGAUGUAUUUCAUCAACAAAAGUUGGAAAAUGUGAAAUUUUGUUUGAAAAAAUUGUUCAAAAAGAAUUUGGGGACUGGUAUUAUUAGUUCCAAUAUGGAUUUGUUUAUCAGACAUAUGUGUAAAAUCAUGUUUACAUUUCAUUUAUUGCUGUUGAAAGAAGAGGAGUAUGCAUGCUUGCAGGUCAUCUUAUUACUCAAACAAGGUGAUGGGAAAAGAAAUGAAAUAGUUGCCAGAAUUCAUGAUCGAUAUGUUGAGGUGUUGAAAGGUUUUACUGGGAGUGGUCAUGGAGAUGUUGCAGACCAUGGUCAGCGCUUGGACAAGUUAUUAUUACAACUCCCAGAAAUACAGACAGCUUCAGAUAUUCUAGUGGAAACAAAAAUGAUUUAUAUUCCAUUUUUUCUGAAUUUGUGAAUAUGUAUUUGUUAAAUCCACAAUUUACCAAAUGUAAACUUAAUGUAUAUAUACUUACAGCCAAUUGCAUUGAGUGUGUAUACGUAGGGAAAGGUAAUAGGUUUGGUUAGCUUACUUGCUAGCUGAGCCGUGAAGUCAUUAUUAGGUUAGGUAAACUCCCCUCCUUUAAGAGUAGACUAGUCGGACAGAUAAUCAAACUAUCUGUUUGUAGGACUAGAAUACUUUGAAAGGAGGUUAGUACACCUUACCUAAUAAUGACUUCCAUGACUUCACGGUUCAGCUAGCAAGCAAGCUAACCAAAAGUAUUACAUUUACCUAUUCACUUAAUGCAAUCAGCUGUAAACAUCAUCAGACAGUGAAACUGUCUUCAUGUAUAUACCAUAUAAACAAUGACUAGCUACAUGUAUGAAAUACAUUUAAUUUUAGAUUUUGAAAGCUUACCUCUAUUAAUUUUUAAUUCUGCAAAAGUCUUAGGUUCUUUUUGCACAACUAAAAAUUGAUAUUGAAUAACUCUUGUGUAAGACUAGAUUGAUGUAUUUAUAUACAUGUAUCAUGGAAAAACAAAACCCCAACAAUUUAAUUAAUUUUAAAACCAUAAUUUUAACCAUUUAAGUUUUUCUAUAUGUCAGACAAAAUAAAUAUCAGCUAUCUCUUUUUCUGACAUCUUUAAAAACCUAAUAAUUAUGUUGUAAAAUUUUCAUAUUUAACCAAGUGACCAGUCUUAUCCAGCAAAUUGUUUACAAUUAGAUUCAAGCUGGUGUACUAUCAAUUGACCAAUGGAUCAUGAAAUGUACAUAAGGCAUGUUGAGGCAGGAUAUGUUAUUGUAAAUACUUGGAAGUUCAUGAAAGUUGGAGAGGCUAGUUUAAGGGGAAUUCUUGUUGUGAUUUAUAUGUUAUCUGUAACUUAUUUAUGAAGUAAGUACCGUCAUGACUGUAAUUGUGCCUUACUGUUGUUUACAUUUCUUAAAAAAAGGUUUAAUCACACCUGUCAACUGUCACUAUUUGGGGGGAGCUCCCCCAUGUGGGCUCCCAAAUCAAAAUUUUAAAAGAGGCAUUUUGUCCACAAUUUAAAAUAAAAACAAUGAAGUAUACCAUGGCUUUAGUAUUGCUAAAGUAUAAAGAAGCAAAUAAACAACAUUCAAAUAAAUUUGAAGACCCCUUUAAAGAUUUUGUAGGACUAUGAUAGCCAUAUUGCACAUAAAAACCCAUGGGUAUUUUCAAAUGUUGGCAGGUAUUGUUUAAUAGACUUCAUCUUCAUUUAUCAGUAAAAUAUUCCAUAUUAUGCCCCCAAUCUAUUUUUUAUCUAAUUGCAUUCAGCUUGUCCUUUCAUCAGUUCGUUGGUUCUCGCUACAAAUAUUUCUGUCACAAUUUUCUCAGGUACUACUGAACAGAAUAACUUCACAUUUGUUCACCAGCUUAAUAGUAAGUAAGGAGUGGCAUAGUGUGGCCACUUUUUAGAUCUGACUUUCAUCUACCUCCUAUUUUUUUUUAUGCUUUAAUGAAAUGAAAUACAAUUGGUAACACUUUUCUCAAGUAUGACUGAACAGAAUGACUUCAUAUUUCAUGUAUUCAUGGGGGAAUGAUGCUUAGAGCAACAACAUGUUAAAUCUUAAUUAAAUUAGUUUCUUAUUAAAUAAGAACCCAAUGAACAAAUUGAAAAUGCAAAAUUCAUUGUUAAUUUUAUCCUCAUCUGGACCUUUAGGCCAAUGUGAACUAUUUUCAGUUCUAAAUAAAACAAUUUGAACAAUUGACAUUUUCCUCAUCUCCUCUGAAACUUAUUUGUCGAACUGAAUAAGCAAACAUGGCAGAAAUGAUAUAUGGAAGCAGACACACAGUCAAAAUGGGUGGGUGCCCCCUAAAAAUUUCAAUAAAAAUUUUACUGCCAUUUUUUUUCCCUUUAAAAUAUGGUUUCCUGAUUCUCAGGUGUAAAUCUUAUUCCAUUGUUGAGCUUCAACCAAAAAUUUUUAAACAUGUAUAAAUCAUUUCAUGAUGUAUAAGUUUGAGUUCCUACACAGGUGAUAUAGUUCUGUAAGUGUUACUGUGCUUAUCCAGUGACCUUUGGGGUAUCACAUUAGCAAAGACCAAAACAGUUUACCAAAUUGCAGUCAGAUUUCUACUCCAACUAACUGAUCAACUGGUAAAA